AUGCCUGUAGAUACGGAUUGGCGCUCAAGAGUCCGUCACCCAUGGCUGCUGUCGAUAGGCAUUGGCGGGUUCGUCGUGCUGCUGCUCGUGUGCGCGCCGCUGCUGCUCGAGCCGACUCGCCAGCUCACCAUCAUGCAGAUACCGCCCGAUCCCGGCGCGGCUGAAUCCACACCGUUCAACCAGUUCCCGGAACCAGGAUCCAUGGCGCUUGCGUCUGAGCCGGAACCAGGGGCCCUCGCGACUGACAUCGCCAUCCCGCAGGCAGGCAGCAGCGGGUCGGAUCUGAGCAGACCCGACAAUCGUGAGGCCAAUCCCAAGGAACCGGCGCGACUACAAUUCGAUGCGUCUCAACACGUCUGCUGGUCCUCAGGUUUGGGAAGGGCGCAGCAUAAGGACGUGGGUCCCUCCUACAGCACAGGGACGUGGGUCCCUCCUACAGCACAGGGACGUGGGUCCCUCCUACAGCACAUGGACGUGGGUCCCUCCUACAGCACAGGGACGUGGGUCCCUCCUACAGCACAGGGACGUGGGUCCCUCCUACAGCACAGGGACGUCGGUCCCUCCUACAGCACAGGGACGUGGGUCCCUCCUACAGCACAGGGAUGUGGGUCCCUCCUUCAGCACAGGGACGUGGGUCCCUCCUACAGCACAGGGACGUGGGUCCCUCCUACAGCACAGGGACGUGGGUCCCUCCUACAGCACAGGGACGUGGGUCCCUCCUACAGCACAGGGACGUGGGUCCCUCCUACAGCACAGGGACGUGGGUCCCUCCUACAGGACAGUGGUGCUCAUUUCCCCAGUCACUCUUGCACGCUGCUCUCCCCCUCCGUUUUCCUGCUCACUACAGUCUUUCCACCAUCCCCUCAUUUCAAACCCCUCAUUUCAAACCCCUCCUUUCAACCCCCUCCUUUCAACCCCCUCCUUUCAACCCCCUCCUUUCAACCCCCUCUCUUCAACCCCCUCUCUUCAACCCCACCUUCUCCCCCUCCACACCACCAAGGCAACGGUGCAUGCGGGCUGUCACAUGUCCCACCAAUCCAACCAUUUCCACUCCCCUCAUGGCCUUUCCCACCCUUUCCCACGCACCUCGUCACUGUCUCUCUUCCAUUCUUUCCCACGCACCUCGUCACUGUCUCUCUUCCAUCCUUUCCCACGCACCUCGUCACUGUCUCUCUUCCAUCCUUUCCCACGCACCUCGUCACUGUCUCUCUUCCAUCCUUUCCCACGCACCUCGUCACUGUCUCUCUUCCAUCCUUUCCCACGCACCUCGUCACUGUCUCUCUUCCAUCCUUUCCCACGCACCUCGUCACUGUCUCUCUUCCAUCCUUUCCCACGCACCUCGUCACUGUCUCUCUUCCAUCCUUUCCCACGCACCUCGUCACUGUCUCUCUUCCAUCCUUUCCACCCCAUUGCAGUGCCACUCUCUCUGUGGGUUGUGCUAAUCUCGAGUUCUCUCCUGAAUUCGCCGCCCAUUUCAGCUCCACCAUCCGCCAUGACCUCGCCACGUGGAGCCUCGUCAUUGGCUCGCCGAAGCAAUCAUCUCAGCCUGGCAUUCCUGCCUCUGCAAGAGCUCCUGGUGCCACUAGUAACGAGGCUAGAGAUGCUCCUGGUGCCACUAGUAACGAGGCUAGAGAUGCCAGAAAUUUCAUAUCAGCAAAUGCCGCCUCUCUAGAUACCGCAUCCUCAAACACCACCUCCUUAAAUACCGCCUCCUCACAUACCACCUCCCUAGAUACCGCCUCGCCAAAUACCACCUCCCCUGAUACCACCACCCUCAGCCCAGCCACGCCGUGUGCACCGGGCUCCAUCCCCGGGCGCUGGAAGAGGGGAUUCACAGGCAGCUACUACUGGACUUUCUUCCCCUGUGCGCCAUCCGAAACGCCUCCCAGCCGUUGGAUCUCGGAUCUACGGCGCAAGGGCAUUCAAGAAAUCAACAUGGUGGGCAACUCGCACCAGAGGGUGCUGGCGAACCACCUGCACUUCCUGCUCUCUGGCCACGUGGACGCCAGGCUGUUCUUUGCGCACGCCAGCCACACCCUUGUGGCGAGCAACGCAAGGGGGGAGACGCUGAGGAUCAACUUCUAUUGGAUUGACGGGAUCUACCGCAAUGGAGAGUUCGGAUGCAC